UGUGUGCAUAUAUGCGAACACACAUCAUUUUAGAGAGAGAGAGAGAUGGAAGGGGGUGAUGCUAAGGGUAGUGUUUGUGUAACAGGUGGAACAGGGUAUGUUGCGUCAUGGCUGAUCAUGAAGCUACUUGAACAUGGUUACAGAGUUAGAACUACAGUUAGAUCUCAUAACCCAGACAGCAAGAAAGACCUUAGCUACCUCACAGACCUGCCCGGUGCAUCAGAAAAGCUUCAAAUUUUCAAUGCAGAUCUUGCCCAACCAGAUAGUUUUGAUGAAGCUAUCCAAGGUUGCAUUGGAGUCUUCCAUGUUGCUCACCCACUUGAUUUUGAGGACAAAGAACCUGAAGAGGUCAAGACCCAAAGAGCUAUCAACGCGACCCUUGGAAUUUUAAAGGCAUGCCUUAAAUCAAAGACCAUAAAGCGAGUUAUAUACACUUCUAGCGCAUCUACCAUUAUGUUUAAUGAGAAGGGUUUAGAUGUUUUGGAUGAGAGUCACUGGAGUGAUGUAGAUUUUAUUAGAUCCUUAAAUCCUUAUGGAGCUUCAUACAUGAUCUCAAAGACAUUAACUGAAAAAGCUGCUCUAGAGUUUGCUGAAAAACAUGGAUUGGAUCUCAUCACUGUAAUUCCUUCCCUAAUCAAUGGACCCUUCAUUUGUCCUCGUGUGCCUAGUUCAGUAGACACUGCAAUGGUUAUGAUGCACGGCAAAAAAGAUAAAUAUAGUUCUCUUGCUAAAUUACAAAUGGUGCACAUAGACGAUGUGGCCAGUGCACAUAUCUUCCUUUUUGAAUACCCUGAUGCAAAAGGGAGGUAUUUGUGUUUGGCAGUUGACUUAACAAUUGAUAAGCUGUUUGAAUUUCUAUCUGCCAAAUACCCAGAAUGUCCAAUACCAACACCGGAUUCCUUCAAAGAAAUUGAAUGUACCUCACGUAGUAAUCUGUCCUCAAAGAAGUUGUUGGAUACUGGGUUCAAGUAUAAGUAUGGCCUUGAAGAAAUGUACAAUGGAGCAAUUCAAUGCUGCAAAGAGAAGGGUUUUCUCUAGGCAAUACUGGUACUCAGUCAGUCUUGCUCUAGCUACUUUUGGCUUCAGGGACAGUUAAUGUUUCCUUUUUGUGAUGUUUUUGUUACAAACUAUCUUUUUAGUGAAUGGAAUAAUUGUUGAAGGGAUGAGAUCAUGACAUCUAGGUAUACAUGUAAGCAAAUGAAGGAAUGGCAAUAAGUUAACUUGACAUGCCUGUAGGUUUUAUGAAAAUUGUUUGAGGGUUUGAAAUCGUUAGCUCAAAAUCCAAAACGA